AUGACUGUUCCGCCAACGAAUAGCUCCAGCAAUAUCAAUGGCUCGUUAUCCCGAAUGUCUACCUCUGACACUUCCAUCCCGACCUCAAUCAAUGCUGCUGAGCUACUUGCUCAUGGAAAACCGUUCAUUGAAUUCCCUCGAUACUCCAUCCUCGACCUAAGGCAGCAGCCAUUUUUGGACGAAAAGCCAGGCGAGAAUGCGGCGGCGGCAUCUGAGCAAGAACCUUCAGGACCCAACCCUGGGAAUUUAGACAAUGCCUCUGAUCACUUUUCCCGUUGGUUGUCAACAAGGCUGCAAAUCGGGCAGCCGUUCGUGAUACAGGAUUUUGAUAAACUACCCGAAUGGGAUAAGAGAUUAUUCUCCCUUGAAGGCCUCAUUGAACACUCUACAAAGAAAAAUAUUCCAAUCCGAAAUUGCAGCACGAACAGAGACCUAAGCUUCACCCUUAGAAAAUUCGCCGAUGCCUCACAACAAUCUUAUCGAGAGUUUAAAAAUCUCUAUGCCCGUGACUUACACUGUCCUGAUUCUUGGUUAGAGCAAUGUAGGAGGCUGCUUCCUCCAGAGAUUCAAUGGGGUGGCAGGCUAGAUCUAUUCCAGUGGCUGCCAUCGUGCGCUCGGAGCGAAGUCAUGAUGGUCUAUGUUGGCUCUGAAGGCUCCUUGUCCGGUUUCCACCGGUGCUUUUCCUCAACGGUGGCUCUGAAUUUACUAGUUGACCACGGUGAUCGGCCGGUUCUCUGCUUUGGAACUGAUUUCAGCUCCCAGGCAAAAUACGAUAGCUUCGUGGCGGCUCGCGGUGCGUCACCCCACGUUGACUGGCUAAACCUGGAACCGGAGGAUCUCAAGAAAGCGAAUUUCCCAGUAUACAUCUGUGAGCAAUGGCCUGGGGACCUGGUUGUCUUUCCUCCCGCAACAGCACAUCAGGUUUGGAACCUUGGAAACGUUUCAACAAAGGUGGUGUGGAACAUCCUACAUCCUCUAUCCCUGGAUGCUGGCCUGCACUAUGUCCAGCCUCCUUUUAACCGUCUGUGCCAUCCAGACGUCGCUCGAUCAAACCUGUCGUUGGCUUGUGCCAUGCUGAGCCUGCUCCGUGAUGACCAGUCUACAACCAUUCCUCCAGAUCUACCCCUGCUUACCAAACUCUUCAAUCAGAUGGCAAAGGAUGAGACAAUCGAUGGUCGCCCAGCGACCGCGAUCACACUUGUCCCUAUACCCGAGACAGCCAUAGCAACUUGUAAUUUUUGUGGAACGGCGAUAUGGAAUCGCCAUUUACGUUGCAACCAAUGCCAGGAUUUUGACCUCUGUCUCAUGUGCUAUCUCAGCGGUCGCAGCUGCGAACACCCUUCGAGCUAUUCAUGGGCUGAAAUAGUUCCGCAAGAGGUAUGCUCUCUUGUUGUACAACGGGCAGAAUCUAUACUUGGGUACAAUAUAAGCAAAUCCUCUGAAGGAUCCCGUAUUCCGGAUCAGCGCAAAACCUUAGGUACGGCGGUAAACGAACUGAUAUUAGCCAGACAGAGCAUGGCAGUGAAGUUGUGUCACCUAUGUCGAAGUGAUCAUCUAGAAUGGAAGGGCAGACGUUGUGACAAGUGUUCAGCCUUCUUUUGCUAUCGGGGGCUGUACCGACACUUUGACAUGGCAUCUGCAGAUGUGAUGCGCCACCCAGGGCUAUGGAUAUGUCCCAAAUGCUUAGAGAACUGCAACUGCCGAUGCUGCCAUUUUGCUUACCCUUACGUCAAAUCUGAAAAGCCUGCAUCAAAGCGCAGAGUUCGGCCGGGAGAUCCGCGGGGGAAGAAUAUGGGGUUCACAGAUAACGUAUUUGACCAAAAAAAGCGAAAUACGCCAGCCCUCCCUGCAUCGCCCGCAUUCACAUCGCCACCCACCAUAAGACAACAUAAACGGUCCAUCUCAUCAUGCUCAACUUCUCAGCAAUCCGUCCUAUCUGCACCGCAUCGUCGUGCUACAGCCUCUGCUGUCACCCUUCCAACUCUCUCAACCCCUGAAUUAGCCGACUCAUCUCUUGUUCAUGGAAGAAAGGACCCUACCACCGAGGCAAUUUCGGAUGGCACACCCCAAUCGCGAUUCAAGAUGCGAAGAAUGUCCGUCGUAUCCCGUGAUAUUACUCCAAAGUCUCAUUCUGAGAUACCUCCUGCCAAAACUCUUCUUGGGAUUGACUACAUAACACGAAGAUCUUCCUCCAAUGAUGACCAGCUAUCGCUUCCACCUUUAAAGGGCGGUGGCUCAUACUCUAGCGGACCUUUUACCAUGACAUCACCAUCCACCAUGUCUCGCAAAUCAAUGUCGAAUGAUGGUGGGAUAGCUACCCUAGCUACUCUUGCGAGCACCAGAGAAAAAGAACCCGUCUCACUCACUAGUAGUAGCGCUAUUGGCAAUGUCCACCGAUAUGACAAUAGUGACGCCAUGGCAUUAAUGCCGCCUACCGAAGCACACGAUCAACCACAAGCUUACAUCUCACCUCAUUACCAAUCAAACCAGCAGUCACAACAGUUUGUCCCUUCAUUUGGGUUCUUCCCUAAUCCUAGACACCACCCUCCAAUUGCGACAGGAAGCACGUUAGUCAGUGGACCCCCAGCUACAUCAACCUCAACCCCCCGUUCAACAUCGGUAACAAUACCCUCAAACCCUAAUCAAUCAGCCGCCAAUUCCAUAUCUGCGCUUGAAACACAGCUCGCUCGCCUUCGUCAGUAUUCUGAGGAGGUCCUUUCCCUCUCAUUAUACGACUCCCACAGGCUUCUCCAGGACGAGAUUCAACGACUGGAAGGGAGUUUGCUACUAGCGAAAAAGGACCGGAGUGAACGUGUCCUUCGAAAUUUGGAACUGGAAUUUCCGACACUGAGGAAUAUCCAUGAGGGCCUAAAGCGGGAAGGCGCACGACUCGGCUACUUUUAA